UUUUCUUUUUAUUUAUCGCUUGUUUUUAAGUUUAUUCAACGAAAAUGUGGCACGCCAGCGAAGUUUACCCGGACACCGAGUAUGAUCAACAAAAUCCAUAUGCUUAUCAAGCAGGUGACUAUGGCAUGCACACAGGCGACCCCCACCAGGACUUGGAAUAUGACAGGCAGUACAUGCAGAAGGGAAGUUUCAUCCUGCCCGAAGUCAUCAAGAGCUUCCUUGUCUACUUCCAGAAGAGCAUUCAUGACCAGGAUGUCUUUGAGAUACAGAAUGCCUAUGAGAAUGGUUUCAACAAAUUGACUGAAAGAUUUUUCAGCAACUCACCAUGGCCAGAAGCGGAAGACGUGGCCAAGUACAUUCAAAAUGAUGGCGUAUUUUUGAUCUUGUACAAAGAACUGUACUACAGGCAUAUCUAUGCGAAGUUUACUCCAACUUUCAACCAAAGAAUUGAAAGUUUUCAGAACUAUUGCCACCUCUUUAACCUCAUAAUUGAUGCCAAGCACCCAGUAUCGCUUGUGCUGCCAAACCAGUGGCUCUGGGACAUCAUUGACGAGUUCAUCUACCAGUAUCAAACAUUCAGUCAGUUUUGUUCGAAAGUUUCUAAGAAGAAGGAUGAGGAGAUUGAGAUGCUGAGGAACAAUCCGAGCAUCUGGAAUGUUCAUCAGGUCCUCAAUGUUCUGCAUGCACUUGUAGAGAAGUCGAACAUCAACCAACAACUUGAUGCACUGGUGAAUGGUGAAAAUGCUGAUCCGGUGGCAGGUGAGUUCGGUAAGCAUGAUCUGUACAAGAUGCUUGGCUACUUCAGUUUGGUAGGUCUUUUGAGGUUGCACUCAUUGCAUGGGGACUACUACUUAGCCCUCAAGGUCAUUGAGAAGAUUAACUUCAACAGGAAGAGUUCAUAUUCGAGAGUGUCAACCUGUCACAUAACGACAUGUUACUACGUUGGAUUCGCUUACAUGAUGAUGAGGAGGUACCAGGAUGCCAUUCGAACAUUCACAAACAUCCUCCUCUUCAUCCAGAAAACUAAGCAGCAUUUCCAGAGCAAGACAUAUUUAUACGAUCAGAUUAACAAGCAGAACGAUCAGAUGUUCACACUGCUGGCCAUCUGCCUGACUCUCCACCCGAUGUCCAUAGACGAAACUGUCAGUUCUCAUCUGAGGGAGAAGUUCGCUGAGAAGAUCUCCAAAAUGCAGAAGGGAGACUUGCAGGAAUUUGAGUCCAGUUUUCAGUUUGCGUGUCCCAAGUUCCUCUUCCCACAUGCUCCCAACUGGGAUAUCCCUCUGCAUCCCAACUACUACAAAGAGCCGCACAACCAGCAGUUGUCUGUCUUCUUGAGGGAGGUUGUCAGUCAGCAACUUAUCUCCACCAUCAGAAGUUUUCUGAAGUUGUACACUACAAUGCCUGUUUCCAAACUGGCCAAUUUCAUGGACAUGAAAGAGUCUGAACUAAUGAGCCAUCUGAUGUGUUUUAAGCACAAGAUGCAGAACCUCGUUUGGACGAAGGGCGUCAGUGGUCUGGAGGGAGAAUUUCAAUCUGCCUCUGAAGUUGAUUUCUACAUUGAUAAGGACAUGAUCCACAUAGCUGACACCAAAGUGGAAAGAAGAUACGGAGAUUUCUUCAUUAUGAACAUUCAAAAGUUUCAGGAGUUGACUCAGCAGUUACGCAAGCACACGAACAACGCAGCAAGAUGAUAGAUGACAUGACGUGAGCUGAAGAGCACAGCAAUCAGGUGUUGCUCUCCAACUCUCAAUCAGCUAACAUGUGUUGACUGAUAGUGACGGUUUAAAUGUGUCGGUACAUUGCUGUGUACACUGCAUGUGUCCAAUAAAUGAACAUAACGAAACAUGAUAAUAAAAGUGAUUGUUACGCAAAAUGUUUGUUGUUUUAAUAGAAAACGAAAGUUGAAACAUUUAAGAAUAAUUACCUACAAGUUUUUUUAUUCACAGGUUGAUCGACAACGCAAUUCACAUGUAAUGUAAAACAGUCUAUUAUUUACAAUAUAUUAUAUAUAUAUACUUGUUGGAAGGAGACCAUAUUUUAUACAGUCUUGUAUGAAUACUUCCGAAUUGUUGGCGUUAAUUAAUGCCAACAAUUAGUAUAUAUGUAUAUAUAUAUGCAUACAUAUAUAUAAAUACACCAUAAAGUUUAGUAUGUACAUCGCUUUAUAUCCAUAUAUCAUAUUUACAUAAUUGAUCACGCACAGACAUACACAUAACACACAAAUAUACACAACAGUAUGUGGUCAAUAUAUUUAUAUACGGGAUGAUGAUAUAAAAUCAUGACUGAAAGAAUGUGGAAUAUGUCUGUGUGUUGGGCAUGGUGUGGUGUGCAAUGACCGUUGCUAAAAAUCUCACUCAGUUCAGACGUUUAAAGUAAAUUAAAAAAAUCAACUUACACGCUUAAAUAAAAGAAAAUUAUGCAGUUGAAGUGCAAAAUUACGACAUUGCUUAAGUGGGG